GAACCGAGCAGGCAGCCGAUGCCUGGCCACAGCUCCACUGCAGAAGCCACCAGACCUGGCCCACCACACACAGGCAGCCUCGGACCUGCGGGAUUUGGACAUUGAUGGGGCCAAGGCCGACGAGUUCGCCGUCGACAGGCUCGCUGCGGUGCUCUACUCUGAGCUGCUAGGAUUGUCGACAUGUUACACCCUGCGUUUUCGUUAUGAGCCGGGCCCGGGGACGCUUCAGACGGUGGAGGCGGAGACCGAUCCAUCACAGAAAUCGAAACCUCCCGCGCCACGCAUUGCCGGCUCGCCCGCGAAGACCGCGGGCACGUCGGCAGGUACCGCGGUGGCCAAGGGGAAGCUUUGCUGCAGUACACCAGAUGCCUUGCCUUGCCGACUAGCAGAGCAAGAUGCAGACGAACUCCUCCAACAGUGCCUAGAAGAGCAGGAUCAG